CCCGGCGCAAGAAAAACCAACCGGCCGAGGAGAAGAAGGAAGAAGCACUUUCGGCUGUUGACCUUCAAAAAGAGGAAAAGAACGCCGAACAAGAAAGAGAAAGCGAAAAAAAAGAACAAGUGGUGUUCGGUUGUGGAGUCACGUGAGCAAGUUCAGGGUUUCUCUUUCUCUCACUAGUUUCGCCGCUCGGAACAACGAGAGAUCGCUUAGUGUGUUUGCUUGCUCACGUGCCUGCCGCUCGCUCGUUUAUAGAAAAGUGCUAUCUGUCUAUCUAGCGUGCGGAUCAUGUAGUUAUUCUCGUCUGCUUUAGGAUACCACUAAGGAAUGUCGCGUUUCUUUGGUGACCCUCUGAGGCCGGUGCGUGGAAUGAGUAUCAUCGAACGUUAGGGAGAUUUUCGUAAAAUUCUAUCUACCUGGCGAAUAUCGCCCAAGGAAUUCUAAUUGCGUGUGUGGACAAUAAAAAUAGUCGGAACUCGAAAAGUGGCCGAAGAAGAUGGGUUUAUCUUAUCGUCUGCCAUACAGAACUGUUGGUGUGUUUGGAGUCAUUGGUUUGUGGAUCAUCUGUCUUGCGCCGGCCGUUCGUAGCAAUCCGUUACCUUGCGGUAAGGACAAGCAGACUUUUGAGCUGGUGACGGGUUUCGUGUUUACGGCUCCAGAUGACACGAUCGAACUAGUCCCUGGGACACUCCACCUAACGGAGUGUCUGUCAUAUUGUCGACACAACGCUUCCUGCAGGGCAGUCAACUUCGAGACAGGACUGUGCGUUCUUUUCAGCUCUAGCGCCCGGGAGCGACCAGAUGCCCUUACUUCGUCGCAGUUUCCAGUCUUCACCAUCUACGCACAAAAGAUUUGUCUGGACAAUCUGCCAUGCAACCGAGAAUGGGUUUUCGAGCGUGUGUCUAACUACGAGCUGCUGGAACGCUCCCGUAAAACUAUCUCAAAUGUAUCCUCUACAGAGAAGUGCAUGGAGCUGUGCUUGGGGGAGAGGGAGUUCCACUGUCGCUCAGCCAACUACUAUCGGAGGAGGAACGAUUGCCAACUGAGUGAUGUGGAUCGACACUCGGCUCAAUCUAACAAAUUCUUUGUCCCCGCUGAGAGAGAUACUGAAUAUUUGGAAAAUAACUGCGUUGAUCCACCAGUUCGUCUCUGUGAGUUUCGUAAAGUCGGCGGAAAAAUUCUUAAGACGGUGGAUGCUGUCUUCCAGGAUGUCAAGACGUUGGAAGGAUGUCGGAAGAAGUGUCUUAGUGUCGACUACCGUUGCCAGUCGUUCGACAUGGGCGACCCUACAAAUAGCGUGUGCAGACUCAGCCACUUGGCCAGUCCCUCCCUGGCCAACAUUGAGGAUCCCUACCUAGAGAUACAUGGUGCUGCAACCUAUGAAAUCUCUUCCUGCUACAAUGUGAGCAUCGAAUGUCGCAGCCGUGAGAUGGUGGCGUUCGUGAAAACGACGAGAAUCUUCAAUGGGAAAGUGUACGUCAAGUCCAGGCCGAAUUCGUGCGUUACCGACGUAAUCAACAGUAUGGAGUUUGAGAUCAGGAUGGCCUACCACGACCUCAACUGCGACGUCAAACAGCAGGGUCACAGCGAGUUCGCCAACGACAUUGUGAUCCAGCACCACGACAUGAUCGUCACCAAUCAGGAUCUGGGAGUCACAGUGCACUGCCAGUACGAUCUUUCCAAUAAGAGCAUCGCCCAUGGUGUGCGCCUUGAAGUCAACAAUGACGUGGAUACCUACAGCAGUCACUCAGUCAAUGUCGGAGCGCCCAAUGUGACGAUGAAAGUCACGGACCGACUGGGAAGAGAUUUGUACACGGCGCAAGUUGGUGACUCCCUCUUGCUGCGGUUUGAGGUUACCGAUGAUAACAGUCCGUAUGAUAUCUUUGUUCGGGAACUUGUGGCUAUGGAUGGCAUCGACAACAGUGAAAUCCUGCUCAUAGACGCUCUUGGGUGCCCAACGGAUGCUCUCAUCAUGGGUGCCAUCACAAAGGCGAGGACAGAGACGAAGAUCGUACAAGCGGCAUUUGAUGCUUUCAAGUUUCCCACUUCCGAAAUUGUUCAGUUCAAGGCCUUGGUCACCCCUUGUCUGCCCACUUGCGAGCCAGCUGACUGUCCUGUACGAACUCUGGACGGUGUGUCUCAAAGAGCAGCCUCCUAUGGGAGAAAACGAAGGAAAAGGUGGCUGGACAGAGACAGACGAUCGACUGAAGAGGACGAACUAGUCGUCGUCCAAACAAUUCACAUCACUGACAAAUUCGGAUUCGAACGAAAGGGGCGCAGAAUCGAUAACCUUGACGAGGAGUCGAAUGGUUACGAUGACAGAGGUAAAAUGGAGACUUCUAAUCCGACUUGCUUGAACAUGGCUGGCCUAGUGAUGGCAUGUUCUCUAUUUUUGGUUGCUCAAGUCAUCGUUCUCUUAGCAUGGGGAAUCGUCUGGCACAAAAGAACAAGGAGCAAAUCUUCAAGGAAAGAUACUAGUCGAAGCAUUGAUAUGAUAUACAACAACCGAAGAGACGAAAGCCCAUGCGGAAUCGACAAUCCUUGCCGUUCAGAUGCCAGCUCUUAUAGUACUGUAUAUAGCAAUGCUCAACAAAGCCACACCUUAUCGAGGCGCUACUGAAUCGUGACCAGAAGUGUAAAGGUCUCUUGAACUGUGAAAUCACAUCAAAACUUAUGUGUGAAGGUGUAUUCCGUGUCAAAGUGCUACCUCGAGAUUGUCUGUGACGUGUUUAUGUCAAUGUACACAGUGAUUUAAAACACAAAAACUGCUAAAGACAGCUAUUUAUUUAAAGUGGGGAAAUUCUUAUUCAAAAGCUGUGUUUCAGUGCACUUGGCGACUGUUAUAGCUGCAAUCAUUUUCGGGAGAAUUCCAACAUCAUGGUUUUGAAAAGAUGAAGAUGCUGCCAAUGACUAUUUUCUAAUUUUAUCAUUCAUUGUGCUUAGGUUUUGUCUUAUUGGGGGAAAUAUGAAAAAGUUGUUGAUGACUUAUUUAUAUUUAAACGUUUUAUUCAACACGUGGACAUUUUUAGCAUGGAUUUGUUUAUAUUUUCCGUACAUAGCAGACGUCAUUACCCAUCUAUCUGCCGACCAUAGUUAGAAUUUCGUUAAUGCUUUUGUAAUUUGAUAAUAUUUUCUGUUCUCUUACUGUAAAAUAUCCUUUGACAGUUAUUUGCAUUAGAUUAUCAUUAGACAAUAUUUUAUUUUUAUGUGCUAUAGCGAUUCUAAUUCUGCUUUAUUAUUUAUUCCCAUUGCAUUCACAUUACUAUUUGUUUAUUUAUUGUCUAAUCAACUGCUGUGAAAUCUCUCAAGAUGUCUACAUUUGAAAGUGACCAGCAUUUCUAAAAGCAUUAAUUAAUUUUGUAAUUGAAUAAUCCUCUGUACCAUGACGACUUCUAUAGAAGGUUAAAAUCAUGUGCAAUCGUGAGUGGUCAUCUUAGAGACAGCCUGUAGCUUUUCUGCGAUUGGAUAUAUACUGUAUACACAAAAGUCCUACUUUUUAUUUUCUCAGCCGCUGAUAGUACAUAUUGGUGGUACUACGUAUUACUCAAAUGUGUUGUCCCCACCAGCGGCCGGUAGUAAAAUCGCUGAGCAUAAGUAGUUCGAUCUGAAGUUUAAAUCCUGCGAAGAGGCUGGCUGCAUGGGCAUUUUCAGGGUUUUCCUCAUUUGUAACAAGUAUAUGUGUCAGUUUCUUUCAGAAAUCCUCGAAGAAGGCAUUCCUAUCCUUAGAUAGACAGCCAUCCAGUGCUUUGCCGUAAUCAAAUAAACUGAACCAAACCAAUCCAUAAAUCAAAAUCGUAAAAAACAACCUUGUAUUUAGCGUAGGUAUAAUGAAACACUCAAUCGAUUUCGAGGG